AUGGAGGCUGGAAGAAGAAUGGACGUCCAGACGGGGGUGGAAACCCAACAGUGGAUCGGGGCCUGGGCUGGGAUGUUGGAGAGGAUGGAUAUUGAGGAAACUGUGGAGCUGAUCCUCUGCGGGGCAGUGCAGGAGAGGGUGGAGGUUGCGGGGAUGGAAUCCCUCGGCGGGAUGGUGAAGGAGAGGGUGGGUAAUCCGGUGGUGAAGAUCCACGCCGGGGUGUUGCAUAAGAGGCUGGAUAUUGCGGAGCUGCUGGAAACCCACCCCCAGCUGCUGCGGGAGAGGCUGGAUAUUGAAAAGGCGCUGGAGAUUCGCUUCGAGGUGUUGCUGGAGAGGCUGGAUAUUGCGGAGGUGUUGGAGAUCCGUGCUGGGAGGCUGCACGGGAGGUUGGAUAUUGCGGAGAUGGAGAUCUGUCCCGAGAUGUUGCAGGAGGGGUUGGAGAUUGCGGAUAAGAUGGAGAUCCACCCGGAGAUGCUGCAGGAGAGGCUAGGUAUUGCGGGUAAGGUGGAGAUUCGCCCCAAGGUGCUGAAUAUCCAGUAG